GCUGGGAAUUCUCUUCCCAGCUCUGUGGUGGAUUCCCCGGAGUCCUCCCCUGCUUGUAAUGGGGGUAGCAAUGCUGCGGCUGGUCUGGGGAGGGGGAACAUUCAGGGCCCAGCCAGGGGGGUGCUGGUUGCUCUCCAGGCCCAGGCGUGAUGAACCCAGACCCCCCGCAGCCUCGGCCUGUCCAGAGCGCUCAGCCGGAGCGGACACGCCUGGAGCAGUUCCCAGGUUCAGUGGGCAGCAACCCCAGGUCCUGUCCCACUGCCAGAAGUGGGCUUCCCCAUAGCCUCCAGGCCCUGCCUGCCCUGCCCCGACUCGCACCCCCUGGGGCAGGAGAACAGGGGGAGCUGGGGGCCCUUGCUGGGCCAGGUAGAGGAGAAUCACAUGAGCAAGCGACUGCUUGGCCCCCUCUAAACUCCAGCCGGGGGGCUGACAUCAGUGGGUGUUUCCCUGGCAGGGAGAAGCUCUCUGCCGAGCUCCAGUCUUGGCUCCUGACAACGAAGGACGAGAUCCAGGGGCUGUAACCCUGAAUCCGCCCUGGGCAGCUCCGUGGGCUGGGCGUUCUCCGUUCCAGAGGCGGCUGAUUUCCAGGGAGCAGCUGGGAGCGUCCUGGCAGGAGCGCCCCGGACGCAGGCCAGCGCUAAUUGGCCGGUGGCUCCAGGACUCUGCCAGCGAAAGCCCAGGACGCGGAGCGAUAGGAUCUCCCCGGAGCAGGAGCCUUUGGCCCUGUCAUUGACACACUGCCUGGAAGUCCCCACCAGCCCGGUCAGAGGAAAGGAGUUGCUUCCUGUUGUUGCCAUUGAAAUAGCUGGCCUGGCCCGUCGCAGGCCAGCUUUGCAGGAUGGCACGAUGCAGAGAGACCGGCUCCGGCGGGCUCGGCCCAUGGCUCCUGCUGCUGCUCUGCGCGACUCUCGGGCGCUCCCUCCCUCCCGCCGGCACUUCUGUGCCUGAAUUGGAGUCUAUGGCCGAGAUGUGGAAAAGCCCAGAGAAUGGGUCUGAGCUGCUGCACAACUGGAGUCUGGCCUUGAACAUGACUAGGAUGGCUCUCAGGAGCCUCCCUCCCGUGCUGGGACUGAGGUCCAUGGCUGAGCUCUGGGGGAAGCAGAUCGUGGCCGAGUUGAAGCUGCUGCACAACGAGAGCCAGUUCUUCAACAUGACACGGGAUGAAAUUUACAAAAGCAUCACCAGCUGGUGUUGGGAGGAGUUCAGAGAGUGGAUGCUGGGCGUGCCCGGGGCGCAGCUGUGCGAAUGGAGAGUCAUCAGCAGGCCAUACAGCAACCUCCGUGACUGCCUGGAGACCUUGGCGGACAAGCUGAACUACAGCGACGGCUACCCCAACGGCGUCGCCGACAAGUUCAUCGUGCUGAGCCACCACACCUACUUCCUGAACUGCACCCAGGAGCACCCCGUGUUCCUCGACCCGCCGGAGGACCUGCUCCUGGCCCUCAUCUUUGCUCCCAUCUGCCUCAUCCCUUUCCUGGUCACUCUGGUGGUGUGGAGGAGCAAGGACAGCAAGAUGCAGGCCUGAGAGCCACAGGGCUCCUGGGGGGCACGAGAGAUGAACCAGGCCGGGCUGGAAACUCUGAGCCCACCUGACCUCGCCCCAGGCGAGCCAGCCCCCGGCCUGCUGGACUGCCCGGCCCAACGGUUUGGAGACGCUCCGGAGAACCAGCUCCGAACGGCUCCCUCUGAGCCCCGGCCUCUCUGGCAGAAUGCCCAGGGUUUGCACCGGGCCUGCUCAAACGAGGCAACCGCGCUAGGCUGCCCGUGCCAGGCCUGCAGGAGGAGAGCGCCCCAUGGCCUCUGGGUCUCAGGCCCACACAACCCCCCGCUGGGGUCUCAAGGGCAGCUCGCUGCAGCUGGACAAGUGCAAAGCCCCUGCAGGGAAAGGCUCUGCCUCGUCCCAGCCGCCCCGGCACCACGGAGGGGGCAGCUUGCAGAGCAGCUCCAGUGCCCUCCAGAGGGCAGGGGCAUGGCCCACGCUGGAUAGGCCCACGUGCUCUAGAGAAACACCCUCCCCUCGCACCGCAGCAAGCAAAGGUGGCUGGGCCCGGGCUCGUGGCACAGGGGCAGGAAGGGGGCCCCUCGCCAGGCCCUGCCUUGUGUUUCCAGAUGGGCUGUCGUGCCAGGGCAGCGGGUUUCUUGUGCCGCAUGUUUAUGGGGCUGUGGCGCCUGGGGCAGGCUCCCCCGCCAUGUGACACUGGAGGCUGGGGGCCUCCUUUACUGGCUUCCCCCAAAUGUUUUCCAGCCCCCUUUGCAAACACGCUCCUUGGUUCACCAGCUGGAGAUUAAAAACCUGCCCUUCCCGAGCCCUGGCACUUCCUUUCGCCAUU